GGAGCUCCCGCAAGGCCCUAUUUAGGGCGGGUGGGGGCGCGCGCCGGCCAGACUCCGCGCUGCUCCCUGGCGGAGCUUACUGCUUGCUACCUAGCUUUCUCCCUCACCUGUGACUUCUGAAGCCACCCUGUCUGCCCGCCACAUCUGCACAGGUAGCCUCAUGGCUGCAACCUGUGAGAUUAGCAACGUUUUUAGCAACUACUUCAGUGCUAUGUACAGCUCGGAGGACCCCAGCCUGGCCUCUGUUCCCCCUGUUUCCACCUUUGGGGCUGAUGACUUGGUGCUGUCCUUGGGCAACCCCCAGACAUCGAUGGAGGGCACUGAGAAGGCCAGCUGGUUGGGAGAGCAACCGCAAUUCUGGUCAAAGGCCCAGGUUCUGGACUGGAUCAGCUACCAAGUGGAGAAGAACAAGUACGAUGCCAGCUCCAUUGACUUCUCUCGGUGUGACAUGGACGGGGCCACCCUGUGCAGUUGUGCCCUUGAGGAGCUGCGGCUGGUCUUUGGGCCUCUAGGGGACCAGCUUCAUGCCCAGCUGCGUGAUCUCACCUUCAGCUCUUCUGACGAACUCAGCUGGAUCAUUGAGCUGCUGGAGAAGGACAGUGGGGUGGCCUUCCAGGAGGCUGGCUCCUUUGACCAGGGAAGUCCCUUCACCCAGGAGCUGCCAGAGGUGACGGAGGACGGCUGGCAGGCCAGCCCCUACUACCCCACCAGCUACGGCACUGGAACCCCCUCCCCGGACUGCUCCGAGGUCUCCACUGCAGGGACCGGCACACCUCAGAGCUCCCAUUCCUCAGACUGUGGUGGAAGUGACGUGGACUGGGAUUCCACUGACAGCAAGCUCUUCCCUAGAGCAGAUGGGUUUCCUGACUGUAAGAAGGGAGAACCAAAGCACGGGAAGCGGAAACGAGGCCGGCCCAGGAAGCUGAGCAAAGAGUACUGGGAGUGUCUAGAGGGCAAGAAGAACAAGCACGCACCCAGAGGCACCCACCUGUGGGAGUUUAUCCGGGACAUCCUCAUCCACCCAGAGCUCAAUGAGGGCCUCAUGAAAUGGGAGAAUCGGCACGAGGGUGUCUUCAAGUUCUUGCGCUCUGAGGCCGUGGCCCAACUUUGGGGCCAAAAGAAGAAGAACAGCAAUAUGACCUAUGAGAAGCUGAGCCGGGCCAUGAGGUAUUACUACAAACGUGAGAUCCUGGAGCGGGUGGAUGGCCGGCGGCUUGUCUACAAGUUUGGCAAGAACUCCAGCGGCUGGAAGGAAGAAGAGGUUGUGCAGAGUCGGAAGUAAAGGUCUGAACCAGACCCAGGACCAAACCCACAGACUGGACUGCUGGUGGCCACCGCUUCCUAGAGGACCCGCGGGCCGGACACCCCUCCGUUUUGCGGAUGUACUCCCUCUGCUGUGGCAGGAAACUGAAAGCUGACAAACCAUGACAGGGCCUUGGACCUGGAGCCCGCGGCCUCUUCUUCUCCCUGCCAUCUUGGAAUACAAGUUCUGGGGUCUGAAGUGACUUGCUCAUUACAGUCCCAACACUGACUGUGGACUGUGCCUUCCUCCUGCCUGGACUUGACCAAGGAAGCCAAGGCGGGCUGAAGGGGAGCUGUGGGGACAGACAGAAAGAACUAUGGCCUGCAGCGCCUCUUCCAGGAUUGGCUUCCACACCUCCCUGCUCAGUGCUUGGGCUCCACAGCGGGGGAUCAGAUCCCUAAUUUAUGUGCUAUAAAUAUGUCAGAUGUAUAUAGAGAUCUAUUUUUUCUAAAGCAUUCCCUCCCUAUCCCUUCCCUCCAAAUGCUGGUGGCCAGACUAUUCUAUACCCCUGACUGGGCCAGCGCAAGGGGGGGGUGAUCCCUGCCAGAAUCCUCACAUUGGGGUUUUGGUUCCUUUCUCCUGUGAAUGGAGGUGGAGCCCUCCAAUAAAGUGCCCUCUGGGCUUUUUCUAA